AUGGCUGUUCCUAUCCCCAGUCGCUCUACUAUAAUUUCCAAAGAGAUUCUUGAAGGUACUCAAGGUGCACAAAGUAUCAUUUCUCAGCUGAACUCCUCGCGGUCCAUCACCAAGCUCAAGUUAAACAACAACCGACUAGGUGAUGACGGUGUAUCUGCACUCUUUGCGUUCCUCAGGUCUCCGGCGGCCUCACGGCACCGCAGUACGAUAUCGGAGAUCCAUCUCAAUGACAAUGGUAUAAGCUGUCGAGGUUUGCGCGAUAUCGCGGACUAUAUGGAUGGAAAUGAAGUAGUAUUGAAGAUAUUGUGGCUCGCAAACAACAAGCUGGGACCUGAUACUGAUGUUCUGGCCUGGUUUGCUACCGCAGUAAAUCACUCUCGACUAGAGUUCCUUUCGCUCACGGGAAACCAUAAGCUUGGCGAUGCUGUCGUUGAGACCUUCUUUCACCAUCUAAGGGCACCCCGCCUUCGGGAGUUGCAUGUCAAUGCUAUGGGACUGACUGCGCGGUGUGCAUCUGGACUCGCAGAGUGGAUUUCAUCGGGGCAUAACGGCAGGGCAUGUUCCCUGCACACUCUCAAAUGUAGCGGCAACAACCUAGGGAUAAAGGGCGUAUGGGAAGUUAUUCACGCCAUUGAGAUGGGCAACUGGUCACUUAUGAACGUGGAAGUGUAUGCGAAUCAAAUAGCAGGCACGGAAAUCCCGAAUGACAACUCUCCCAUCCAACAAUCAGGGCAGUUGCCAUCCUCCGAAACGGAAGUGUCAUGGAAGGAUGCAGAACGCGCUCUUCACCGGGUGCUUCAUCGGCGAAAUGCUUAUUGGAAAAGACAAACUGAGAUGGAGGCAUUGAACCUUCUAAAGUACUCUCGGACACUCAUCUUUCGGUCGAUGGCUUCUCUUUCAUCCGCGGACCAACAAGCUUCGAGUCGUUCGUUUCCAUUUCACUACCUUCCUAUAGAGCUGCGCCUGCAAAUAAUUGCGGUCCUCGCUCCUUCCUUAUCUUGUGCUCAGCGCACUCGUAUCUAUGAUUAUGCUACCGACCCUUCGACUCUUCCCCCACUUCUACCACGUCUACAGCGAGACAUGGGUCACGGGUGUGUCGCAGAUCCGUCACGACUGCUUGGAGCAAGUGUAGGAUUUACAUUGCACAAUUCAGGCGGUUGUGCUGAGGGGAAGUGUAUGGGUACUGGUAAUAGUCUCGUGUGCCGUCGGGAUGCAGAGCGCACCAGGUUUCUGGAAGCCGUUGGAUGUCGUGCGUAUGAGCCUGAAUGA